UUAUCAAACCAAUUUCUCACACCACGCCACGCCGAAUUGAGACACUUUAUUUCGAUUCUUUUGAUAUAUAGUCUCAAUAAAUUUGUAAGAAAAUCAGAACGAUAAAAUUCUAUAAAUUAGGCAUUCAUUCCACAAGAAAAUAACAAAGAAAUGAUUUUUGCCCAUUACAACAGUCUUGUGGUCAUAUAUUUCGCCACGUUUACAAUCAUUGUUAUGAUUUCGAGUCUGAUCAAUCGUUUAGGCGAAGAAAAAAGGAAACGAACAGCGGGAAAUUGCAGCGGCGGACGUGAAACUCAUGACGAAGCGAAGUCUGAAAAAUGUCUACUGGAGGAACUCUACUCAGCUGCUGACAAGUGUUUCAUCGAGAAGUACGCGAAAACAUGUAGGAAGUUGAGCGCGGCUUGGCCCAAUUUGAUUAACGCAAAAUAUUCGCUUACCGGUCAAACUCCUUUCCACAGAGUUUGUUUUCAUGGUGAAGCACCGCUCAUCGAGUUUCUCUUGAAUAAGGGUGCAGAUCCGUAUUUGAAAUCAAGUGAUGGGGAAAGCCCCAUGUGUUUUGCGAUAUACUACUAUUUGCAUACAAAUGAUUUCGGGGAAGACGAACCACUUGUGUGCCUCGAAAUUCUUCAAAGUGCUGGAUGCGUUUUGGAUGCAAAUAAUAUUUGGUACGAUGCUUUAUUGACGACGAGCAUACGUACGAACAAGAAGGAAUUGACAAAAUGGCUCUUUAUGAAUAAAACAAAAACUCCGAUCGAAAGGAUAGCUUCGGGGCAUCUUUGAUUAUCUUACCAAUCUAUUUUCUAUGAUCGGAAGCCAUUGCGGUACAUCCACAUAAUGUGAAAAAAAGUCUUUGAUGCGCAAAAAGCUUUCAGUUGUGAUAUAACAAGUGACUAACUCCAUGUAACCUACAAAUAUAUAAAAGAAAUAGAAAA